CUGUUUUGUCUGUGUGUGCAUAAAAUCCUCGCAAAAUCUGCGCCAGCGACGUCGUUGAACUGCUGAAGUCAAGAGAGUGAGACUCUCUCUCUCGUCUCUGUCACAGCCUAGCGAUACCUGUAUAUCGUGGGAAUAUCUGUGUUACACUUCGUUGGAAACAAAAGGUUUGGUAACCUGGCUCAGAGAGAGACACCCAGGCCAAGCUUGGUCACAAACGCGUUGGAUCGAUCGGUGGAGUUGUCGAAACGUCGCAGUGGACUCGUCCUUAUAGCUUAGCAGAGCACCACCACUGGGGAACAAGAAAAGAAAGAAAAAAACAGGUCGGAGCAGGUCGCCGGGCGCAAUGGGCGAAGCAGGCGAAGAAGCGAGUUCACCGCUGAUCACCAUACACCUUCUCUCCGACACAUCAUGACCCUGGUGUUGGGUUGCUAAGCGUCACCUGGAGGCGGCCAUGGCUCAGCGCUGUGACCGCGCCGAGUUCCUGUUGAGCUGGCAACCGUACUUUCUCUUUGAAAGUGCGCCGGACGAGGGUAUGCCGUUCGUCGAGUGGAUGCGCAAUGUGGCCGGCGAAGAAGCGGCGGGCAAGGCUCAGCGGCGCGAGGGAACGCUCUUCGAACUCUGCGAUGAAAUGGGUUUGAACUUGGAUGCGGACAGGCGGCUGGGGAAUACCGUGUACUCACAUUGCCUUGUUGACUACGCUGGAAAGAUCAGCCCUGCAGUACAGACUGAGCUGGUUGAAGUGCUCUUUGAGGGUAACCUGGCCAAUGGAGAGCUCAUCAGUGAUAUCAAUUUCUUGUUGAGAUGUGCAGAAAAGGUGAACAUCGACAAGGAAGGUGCCUUGGCACACAUGCAAAACGCCGAGAUCCAGCAGCAAAUCAUUGCCGCGUACAAGCAGACCGUGCAAGAAAUCGGCGUGCCCAAGCUGCCGUUCACCAUCAUGACGUCCAAUCGAAAUCCCGAGCUCAAGCUGGCCUUCUCCGGGGAUAUGCCGCCGUCCACCAUGGCCGCGAUUUUCGACAAGUUGCUGGACAGCAGCACGGAGACCUAAGGACUCAAAUUCUCUUCUCGUGUGAGACUGUUGAUAGGGAUUGUGUUCUUUCUGUGGGCAGUCCGGCAUUGCCCAGUCGUGCAGGCUACGGGCAUCCACCGCGUUCAAGUUCCAGGCCCUCGACCCAGACGAAUGAUGCCAUCACCUUCAAGCUGCCCUGACCAGGCAGAGGGGUGUUGGCGGAUACCUCCGAUCUGUGUGUACGAGGGUCUGAACGUGUGUGCCGUGUUUGUGCCAAUCCUGCUCAGUGCCUUGCAGAGCAAUGGCCGUUGCCCUCUACUUUCGGGUACUUUGAUUUCCGCAUUCCACGCUCCAUUCAUAGCACUUUGAUUAGUCUGCCGUCUUAUACUCGUUUUCUCUCACAAUAGCGAAGAGGUCAAUGCCACCACCGACCUGCUUGCCAUGACAUUUGCAGAUGGGAGACACCUUGACUUAGCAAUGCAUGCAGAUGCGAGCGGCGAACAAGUCGCUCCCUCUGUUCAUAUACGCGCCUUUAUUCGUCCUUGAGGUGAUUCAGUUUCUAGUCCGGUGCCUGUAUUCAGUGGCACGAAGUAUGCGUAUUUGGGUUCUUUUCUCUAUCAGUGUCUACCACACGCGAUGCUGCCGAUGUGCCAUAAACUAGAAACCGGUGGUGUUCACUGCUCAGAUACGUGACUGUACUAGACUGUAGCACCGCCGUCAUGUGCCGCUUCUUACUUUGCGUUCGGUGUUGGCAUGCGCACUGCGCCUUAUUAGUCAUUGCUUGGCAACUCGCGUCUGGUCUUGAUUCUGAUAAAAUCCAUUUCUUGCAUAUUGUGCGUGAAGGAAAUAAAAAACAGCAAGUUGCUCUAUAAGUUUAA